UCUUCAUUAUUAGAUUUGAUUCAUUUGACUGUAAAAGAAAUUGUUAUUGUUGUUGUGCAGGUAUGUAUUUUGUGAAAAUAGAUACAGGUGGAGGGAAAGUGGUAGUGGCAGGGGAUGUGGAUCCAGAGAAACUGGUGAAAAAGAUAAAGAUGGGAGGGAAACAUGCUGAGAUAUGGGGUGGCCAGAAUAGGAACCAUCAAAUCAACCCUAAAUUCCAGAAUUUGCAAGUUGAUAACAACAAAGUGGGAAGGGACAGUAAGUCCCAUGCCAGAAGGGUCAGAAAGGUGGUGAUGGUGGUAGAGGAGGUAAACGUCAAGGUCAAGUUGGUCAGUGGGAGGGCGAAGGAAGCGCGGAGGAGCGAAAGAGGUGAUCAGUGGUUGGAGGAAAGAAGAAGCAUCGCCCCCACGUGGAUUUGAUGAUUUAAAACACAUCAUCCAUUCAAUUUUAAUGCACAAUGCCACGCCAUCAAAACAUAAGA